AUGGCAACCGCUAGUACAGAGGAUCAGCGUGAUAUAAUGUACCUCUUCGAGCGGCCUUCUGAUCCCCUGUAUAUGCCGCGCGCCGGCAACACUAUCGUCUUCAACACUCCCGACAUGCCGGACAACUUCGCGCCCCGCUUCGGAGGCACGGCGGAGGGGACGAUCACCGUGACGACGGACGCAUCGCUGGCGGCGUCGCUGCCGCCCCUCGUCACCAGCAUUCCGCGCGGCCAUCCAUAUUCCCUCAACAUACGGGAACAUCGGCUGGCCGCCAAGGACGUUAUCGAGCUCCUCCAACAAGCCCAGACGGUGGCGCAGCUUCGCGACAUGGCAGCUUCCAUCAGGGAAGACAUCAACGAGACGCUCUUCGUCUACAGCAUGUUCUUCGUCCUAGCCAGGAACAAGCGGUUUCGCGGCCUGCGCGUGCCGACCAUAUUGGAGGUUUUCCCCGACCGGUUCAUUCCCAGCAACGUCCUGGACUCUGCGCGCGCCGCAGUCAACUGCAACAACAACAACCGAAAUAUCAACCAGGAGACGCCGGUGGUGAUACAGUACAACCAGGACUUCUCUGGCCUGCACUCUCGCCUGGAGAACAGACUUGCCUACUGGCGCGAAGACUACGGCGUCAACGCCCAUCACUGGCACUGGCACCUCGUGUACCCCAACGACCUACUCGUGGGCAAGACCAUCCCUGACAGGAAGGGCGAGCUCUUCUACUACAUGCACCAGCAGAUCGUGGCCAGGUACGACAACGAACGCAUGAGCAUCGGGCUGCCGAGGGUCGUGAAGCUGGAUAACUUCCACGACCCCAUCCCUGACGGGUACUUCUCGAAGCUGCGGUUCGACAACGCGGACAGCAACACCAACAGGGUGCAGGUGCCUGGCCUCAACCCCAACGCCACCCACUGGGGCACCCGCCAGGACAACACGCGUCUAUCCAACUACACAAGACUGAAUACGUUCAUCCCGGUGGACAUCUCUGAGCUUGAGCUAUGGCGGGACCGGCUGCUCGACGGCAUCCAUCAGGGCUUCUUCAUCAACAAAGCGGGCAACCGCGUGCCACUGAGCGAUGAGGUUGACAUCACGGAUGGCACCAACAAGCGCGGCAUCGACAUCAUCGGGGACACCUUCGAGGCGGACAUGAACAUCAGCGCCAACUACGAUUUCUACGGCGACCUGCACAACUUCGGCCACGUGGUUAUUGCGUCGUCGCACGACCCCGACGGCACGCACGGGGAAAACUUGGGUGUGAUGUCUGAAAGCACAGUGGCCAUGAGGGACCCUGUUUUCUACCGCUGGCACAAGUACGUCGACUGGAUCUUCCAGCAGUACAAAGCCACACAACCCACUUACACCGUCCAGCAGGUUGCCUGCAGCAGGAUCAGCCUGCAGCAUCUCAACCACAAGCCCUUCGACUAUCACAUCCUCGUGAACAACACGACAGGCGGUUCGAAGCAGGUGUACGUGCGCAUCUUCUUGGCUCCCAAGUUCAGCCAGAGCGGCACCGACGCGCCCAUGCGUCUCAGCGAGCAGCGUCUCCUUUGGAUAGAGAUGGACAAGUUCGUCUUUCUCUUGAAGGUUGGGCAGAACCACAUUAAACGGCCGUCCUCACAGUCCUCCGUGACCAUCCCUGGCGAGAUCACCUUCAGGGACCUCGAGCAAAACAUCCGUGGAGGCCCUCAGCGUACGUCGGUUAUGUGGUCUUAUAACUUCUGCGGUUGUGGGUGGCCGCACCACCUGCUGGUGCCCAGAGGCCGCCCUGAGGGCAUGACGUUCCAGCUCUUCGUCAUGAUGACCGACUACGAGCAGGAUAGGAUGCCGCAGCGCGAAGGCUCGCGUCAGUGCGCAGGGGCGGCGUCAUACUGCGGGGUGCUGGACGAGCGCUACCCUGACCGCCGUCCCAUGGGCUUCCCCUUCGACCGCCUGCCCCCACGCGAGCUUCGUACCCCUCAGGAACAGGUGCUGACCAUCGAAGACCUCGCUCGUCUCGACAACAUGGCCGUGCACGACGUCGUGAUCCGCUUCCUGGGCGAAGAACUUCCAACUGCCGCUUAACCUUCCAGCAGAGUGUCUACCUUCGCAGCCAGUCUACGGCUACCGGCUGAUCCCGUUGUCUACCUUCGUAGCCAGUCUACGGUUAUCGGCUGAUCCCGUUGUCUACCUUCACAGCCAGUCUACGGCUGCCGACUGAUCCCGUUGUCUACA